GGGACACAGGCCGGCCGUGACAACCUCAUUUUUGAAAUCUCCAAAUCUAAUAUCCCCGACGACGUCACUCACUCACUCACUCACUCACACCAACAUCACGACAUUACAAGACACACCCCUCACAACUUCACACCUACCGAGUAAUUCAACAUGAGCUCAACCCCUCUCAAGAUCGACCCCGCCCGCGCCUCCGCGCUCGUUUCCCAGCUCCAAAGCGUGCAAGACCGCAUCCUCGCCGUCGCCAAAGGUCGCCCUGUCCGGCUCGUGGCCGUGUCCAAGCUCAAGCCCGCCAACGACAUUUUGGCGCUUCACCAGGCUCCCCAAGUCCAGCAUGCUCAUUUCGGCGAAAACUAUGCGCAGGAGCUGCAGCAGAAGGCGGAGCUCUUGCCGCGGAGCAUCCAGUGGCAUUUCAUUGGUGGUCUCCAGACCACCCACUGCAAAUCCCUAGCCCGCAUCCCCAACCUUUGGGCCGUCUCCUCCUUGGACACCCUCAAAAAGGCCCAGACCCUCAACCGCGUCCGCGGCGAAGUCAUCUCCUCAGACCCCUCCAUUCCCAAGUUGAACGUCCACGUGCAAGUCAACACCUCGGGCGAGGAGUCCAAAUCCGGGUGCUCUCCAGGUCAAGAAACUGUCGAUCUGUGCAAGGCCAUCGUCACGGAGUGUCCUCACUUGAACCUGCUGGGACUGAUGACAAUUGGUGCCAUUGCGAGGAGCAAGGCGACGACUCCCGAAAACGAAAAUGAGGAUUUCGUGGUGCUGAGGGAGCAGAGGGACCUGGUGGAAAAGGAGUUGGGGCUGGAUAAGGGAAGUCUGGAGUUGAGUAUGGGCAUGAGUGAGGAUUUUGAGGGGGCGAUUGCCAUGGGGAGUGGGGAGGUGAGAGUUGGCAGCACGAUUUUUGGAGAGAGGGGGAGUAGGCAAGAUGCGAAGCUCGUUGUCUAGAGAGGGGAUGAUGAGAUGGGAUUGUGUAUUGCAUUUUACGGUUCACGCAAAAACAAAGCAUGGUUUGGUUUGGUUUGGCGUUGAAGAGUGGUGGUGUUCUUAGAAUGAAUGUCAUGGCUUCGUUCGUUG